AUGACAAGUAACCCUACCACAUCACAAAACCCUACGCCCAAGUCAUACUCAAAAGUUGUCUCCCAACACAGCGAAAAACAUCCUAACAAAGAACAAGCAAUAGUUUUCAGCACUAUAGAGGGAGCUAAACUACAAGACUAUCUUCUGAAAUUAGGUCCACUGGUAGAGCCCAAAAACAUUAUAUUUUGCUCAAGGAUCUCGAACAACAGAAUAUGUGUUUACCUCUCAAGUAAAAGUUUGGUUGACCAGUUCAUACAACAGCAUGGAGAAUUAACCGUAAAUGGAGAAAUAAUAAAAGUUCGUCGCCUAGUUACCCCCUCUGAUAGACUGGUAAUAUCGAACGUUUGUCCGACCAUCCCGCAUGCAGUUCUAAACGACGCGCUGCAAAAAUUGCAUUUAAAGCUUUUAUCUCCAAUUUCAUUCCUCAGAAUUGGAGCCACUCUAGCGGAGUACAGUCACAUUUUGAGUUUUAGGAGGCAAGUUUACAUAGCACCUUCAGAGAAUACGGAUAUCCCAGAAUCCAUAGAGAUAACGCACAACGAUCUGACCUAUCGUAUAUUUCUUACUUUAGACAGUCAAAAGUGCUACAAAUGUAAACUUAUUGGACAUAUUGCUUCACAGUGUCCAUCGAUUAAGAUUUCGCAGACUUCCACAGAAUCAGAGACCCUCAACGAUGAACUGUCAAACCCAUCCGAAAAUCAAGUAGUAUCAGAUAUAACUACAGAAGAUUCCACCACAGCCCACAUACAUCUGCCCAAAGAAAAUACCAAAGCAAUUACGAACAAAAACAGCCACCAACAUCCUCAAAACACUAACACAAACAUCAUUAGCCUACACGGCGAAGGAACACCGAAUAAUGACGAAUUAAUAACUCCAAGCGUAUCCUCCAAAAGGAGCUUCUCAGAAAUACUAACACCAACGGAAGACACAGGUGCACCUCAAAGCUAUCAACAACAUCCAACAGCCAUAGCCAAUUACAGGAUGGAUAAACACGAAAAUAUAAACAAAUGCAUGUUGUGGAUUUGUGUGGAAUGUGGAAUAAUCAACACGAUUUGUUCAGUCACCACAUUUUUAUUAUUUUCCGGUUAA